UCUCACACACUCUCGCAGUCUCACACACACACUCUCUCUCACACACAGUCUCUCUCUCUCUCUCUCUCUCACACACACACACUCACACAGUCUCACAUACACACAGUCUCUCUCUCUCACACACACACACACACACACACUCUCUCUCUCUCUCUCUCUCUCUCUCUCACACACACACACACUCUCACACACACUCACUCUCUCUCACACACACAGACCUCUGACCUCUCCCGUGUUAUCUCAGCUCCUCCCUCCUUACCUGUUCCUCCAGGUGGGGCCCUGCUAGCACCAGCACUCUCAGUGCCUGUCGACUGUGCGGCCAGGAAUGAGCUCCCCUGACGAGGGCACGGAAUGGCUCUUGCAGCUCCUGAAGGAAGUCCAGCUCGAACAGUUCUACCUGCAGAUCCGCGAUGACCUCAAUGUCACCCGCCUCUCGCAUUUCGACUUCGUGAAGACCACCGACCUGGAGCGGAUCGGAAUGGGCCGUCCAGGUCAUCGCCGUCUCUUUGAGGCUGUUAAAAGGAGGCGUAUGGUGGGCCGCCCGAAAUCCUGGAUGUCCAAGAUGUUUAGUGCACGGAGUGGCGAUUAUUACGACCAGGCCCCUUACACGAGUGGCCCUCCCUCAUCGGCCGUGGAGCCUGAGGCCGCUCCGAAGAGUCUGAUUAACGACAGGGACCUGUUGUUGUGCGAGCGGCUGGGGAACGGAUCCUUCGGGGUGGUGAGGCGAGGAGAGUGGAGGUUACCGAAUGGCCACAUUAUAAACGUGGCGGUGAAGUGUCUGAGAUCAGAUAUCUCGAGUGAGACGGACGCCAUGGCCGACUUCCUGCAGGAGGUGAAUGUGAUGUACGCCUUCGACCACCCCCACCUCAUCCAGCUCUACGGCGUCACCAUCACCCACCCCAUGAAGAUGGUGACUGAGUUGGCCCCGUUAGGCUCUCUCUAUGAUUACCUGAGAGCGAGACACAGCGUGUUCCCCAUCCACCGGCUGUGGGUCUACGCUGUCCAGGUGUGUGAGGGAAUGGAUUACCUGGAAUCCAAGCAUUUCAUCCACCGGGACCUGGCAGCCCGGAACGUCCUGCUGGCAUCCGAGGACGUGGUGAAGAUUGCUGACUUCGGUCUGACUCGCUCCCUCUCCAGCACCAACCACUACGUCAUGCAGUCUCAUCGCAAAAUCCCCUUCGCCUGGUGUGCUCCGGAGAGCCUCAAAUCCGGAACGUUCUCCCAUGCGUCAGACGUCUGGAUGUUCGGGGUGGUGCUGUGGGAGCUGUUCUCCUACUGCGAGGAGCCCUGGAUGGGCAUGUACGGCCGGGAGAUACUGCUGCUGAUUGACCGGGAGAAGCGGCGACUAGAGCAGCCCCUGGACUGUCCCUCAGCGAUGUACUCGGUCGCUCUGCAGUGCUGGGCCGCGGACCCUGAGCAACGGCCCAGCUUCGCCGCCCUGAGACCCCUCCUCAAGGAGGCGUGCCCAGCCGAGGUGAAAGCUGUUCAGGAUUUUAACGAAGCCGGCAAACUCAGAAUGCAACUCAACGACCGACUCACACUCAUCGACAGCAGGCCCGAGCUGGUGUUCUGGCGAGGACAGAACAGGAACACCCUGCAGGUUGGCCUGUUCCCUCCAGCCUGCAUCACUCCCGUGUCGAACCGGGCCGGUCCCACCAUCAGCGCCCCGGUCCGGAGCAGCCUGGUUCACACCGCCCACUUGGACAUCGACCCUCGGCGAUCCUGGGGCUUUCCGGAUAAAGUCAAUGAGAAAAUGUGGGGUUACCUCUCAGAGAAACCAAUACAGCUCAUCAAGAUGUCAGGUCUCUCGCGCAGCCUGGACUCGAACAUCGAUACCAAGGAGAGGUUGGCCGACCCAGCCCCAGCUCCGAAAGCCAGGGUUCCCCGGGAGCGUGGUGGGCAGGCUGCAAGUCGCCCUGGGCCACCAAGUGGGGGCGAGAAACCCAGGAGGGGCUCACGGGAAGGAAAGCGCUGGGCCGCCGAAGCAGAGGACGCCGUGGGCAAGCUUCGACUCAAACCCUCACAGCCUAAGCUUAGGCCCAACUGCUGGUCUGUGGCCUGGCCUCGGCUAGACAUGGCACUGCCCAGUCAGCGGGGGCCGCAGGAACGCGAGGGCCAGCCUGGGAAUGAGGCCCAGUCCAAACCUGCCGUCCCCCACCACUACCAGGCGGACCCCAGGAAGGAGUCCAGGGCAACUAGGCCCAACGAGCCGCAAGGAAGAGUGCGAGGUUCCCGCGGCAACUACCUCCACAGGGGGCCGUCAGAGGAAACAGCGGCCUACCCAGAGGCAGCCAGUCACCGCCAUGGGAGCCUACAGGAUAAAAUCAACCGGGUGCAGGAGGCCGUCCAUGGGGUUACCACGGACGAGUGCCAGGAGGCUUUGCAAGCCACCAGCUUUGAUCUGCAGAGAGCCAUCCAACACCUGAAGAUCCAGCAGCUGUACAACAUUAGCCAGCGUUCCCAGGAGGAAUGCCGUCGGAUCCUGCAGGAUUUUCACUGGAGCCUGGAGAAUGCCAGUCAGUACGUGCUCCGGAGCAAGUUGAAAUCCUGAGACGGAGAGGGACGGGAUUUGCCGGGAACCUGCCUGUUUCCCUCGCUGUGAGCUGACAGUGUCGACGACUCUGUAUCCCGAUGUCCAUUACCCCCAAAUUCCGAGAGUAUUCCCCCUUCCCCCCCCCCCCCCCCCCCAACCCCGGCCAUGGGACAGAGCGGUUUAAGGCAGCUCUCGCACUGUUCCCUGCGUGCUGAUUGGUCGGCACUGCCUACCAACUCCUUGACCAGGAGGGACCCAUGACAGACGCCCACCCGAGGGUGGGGUGUGGGGUGUGGGGUGGUUUGGAAGUGCUGUCCCUGGGGAGGGAGGUUCACCCCUGACCUGCAGUGGGCCCAAUCCGUUGGAAGUUGGCGCUCAGUCCCGGUGACGCGAUUGGACCGGACCGCAGGGGUUUGCAAUGACAUCACUUCCUCCCGCCCGAUUCCAAAUGGCGGGCCGCAUUUGGACCUGCCCUUUUCCCGCUUUGGGCGGGGCUGGGGGGGAAGGGAGGAGGGGCCGGGAUCUGCGUUGGGAUUGGUCAGUGUCCCCGCACCCCACCCACAACCCAUCACCCAAUGAAAUCGCUCUCCAAAUAAUUCGCCCACCUGAGAGCAGAGCGACUCUCUCCAACCCUACACUGGACGUUGGCGUCGUAGGGCAUUUGUUCGCUGUCCUUAACUGCCCCUCCAACUUCUGUCCCAUGGGGCAUUUCAGAGUUAACAGGAACACCACCCCCUGCAUGUUCCCCUCCCCCCUCCCCAUCCCAAGUUGGGAAUAUAUCGGCCGUUCCUUCAGUGUCGCUGGGUCAGAAUCCUGGAGCUCCCUCCCUCAAGGGUAUCGUGAGGGCAUCCCCAUCUCCCUGUGGGAGAGUGACCUCCAUUCCCUCCCUUCACUGGGUGCCAGACCCCCAUUUCCACCCCCCCCACUCCCCCCAAUGGGAGCAAGACCCCCAUUUCCCCUCCCCACUCUCCCAAUGGGAGCAAGACCCUGAUUCUCUCCCCUCACUCUCCCACUGGGAGCGAGACCCCCAUUCUCUUCCCUCACUCCCUCCAAUGGGAGCCAGACCCCCAUUCUCUCCCCCCACUCCCCCCCAAUGGGUGCUGCACCCCCAUUCACUCCCCCCAAUGGGAGCCAGACCCCCAUUCUCUCCCCCCACUCCCCUCCAAUGGGAGCUACACCCCCAUUCACUCCCCCCAAUGGGAGCUACACCCCCAUUCACUCCCCCCAAUGGGAGCUACACCCCCAUUCACUCCUCCCAAUGGGAGCCAGAUCUCCAUUCCCACCCCUCACUCUCCCAAUGGGAGCCAGACCCCCAUUCUCUCCCCCCACUUCCCCCCCAAUGGGAGCUACACCCCCAUUCACUCCCCCCAAUGGGAGCCAGACCCCCAUUCCCUGCCCCCACUCCCCCCCCCCCCCCCAAUGGAAGCAAGUACCCCCUUCUUUCCCCCCCACUCCCCACGGGAAUGAGCCCCCAUUCUCUGGGUGUAGACAUAUCCCAUUCGGAAUUCAGGAGAAAUGUUCGAAAGCGAUAUCGACAGCGUCGCAUUCUGUUAGCGCCCCACGGGCAGAGGGGAGGGGAGGCCCCUCCCUUCCCCAAAGCCCCUCAGUCUGACCCCCCCCACCGGAUGUGAGAAUUGGUCGAGGGGGGGUAACUAUCGGGGUUUGGGGUAUCCCUGGGAGCGUUCCCUCCAUCCUCCGGUGCCCAAACGAUGGGAUGCUGGGGCAUUCCAGUCCCACCCCUCCCCCUCACGCCUCCAUGUUGGAACCACCACGUCAACGUCGCCACCUCAGGAAAAAAACCAAGAUGGCCGACUUUCUAAAUAAAGGUUUUUAA